AAGUUUUAGUUGGGUUUAGUGUAGUUUUAGUUAAUGAUAAUAACCCUGCUGACCAGGAGGAAGUCCCUUGAAGAGGUUCUCAAUCAAUAGCUUCCUUUUAUCUGGUGUCUUGUUGUGUCUGCGGAGGUUCAUACUGCCGCAGGGGAGAAAGGAGGAGAUUCAGCUCUUGUGUGCAUUAAGGACGACCCACAGGGCGGAGCUUUCCUAACUCCUUAUAGGGAGGCAAGCAGGUCACAUGGUCAAGCCGGUGUCAAAGAGAUAGGAGCACAACUGAGAACUUCGAACCACAACUCAAACAAGCCAGCGCCGAGGAGGAGAGGCAGAGGGUGAGAAAACAGAUAAGGAGAAAGUCAGACGUCUCGCAGACAGACACAUGGUGAGAAAAUGCCCACCAACUUCACUGUGGUCCCCGUGGAUGAUGGCAGAAAGUCAGCUCAGGAAGACACAGAUGACAACAACGUCCUGAAGGAGGAGGAUGAAGAAGCCGUAGGUGAGCCUGGGAAUUUUCCAAACCAUGGUGAUGGAACCCCAAGGGAAAGCAGUCCGUUCAUUCAUAACACAGAUGAUUAUAAGGGAACUCUAUAUGAUGGGAAAAACAUGGCACUUUUUGAGGAGGAGAUGGACAGCAAUCCCAUGGUGUCUUCGCUGCUCAGCAAGCUGGCCAACUACACAAACCUCACGCAGGGCGUCAGAGAGCACGAGGAGGCCGAUGAGGAUGAAGGCGCCAAGAAGAAAACAGUCAAGAGUCCACAAAUGGGGACGUUUAUCGGCGUCUACCUGCCCUGCCUGCAGAAUAUCCUGGGAGUGAUUCUCUUCCUGCGAAUGACAUGGAUCGUGGGAACGGCGGGAAUCUUGGAGUCCUUUAUCAUUGUGUCCAUGUGCUGCUCGUGUACAAUGUUGACAGCCAUAUCAAUGAGUGCCAUUGCUACAAACGGUGUUGUUCCAGCUGGAGGCUCUUACUACAUGAUCUCUCGGUCUCUGGGCCCUGAGUUUGGAGGUGCUGUGGGACUGUGUUUCUAUCUGGGCACCACGUUCGCCGGGGCCAUGUACAUCCUCGGUACCAUCGAGAUCUUCCUGACCUACAUCGUGCCCAGCGCUGCCAUCUUUAAGGCGGAGGAGAAGGCUCUGGAGGCCGAGGCCAUGCUGAAUAACAUGCGUGUGUACGGCACGUGCUGUCUGACGCUCAUGGCUGUGGUGGUGUUCGUCGGUGUGAAGUACGUCAACAAGCUUGCACUGGUUUUCCUGGCUUGUGUGGUGUUGUCCAUCCUGGCUAUCUACGCUGGCGUCAUCAAAACCAUCUUUGAACCUCCGGUUUUCCCGGUCUGUUUGUUGGGCAACCGCACCCUGCAGAACCACGGCUUUGACAAGUGCAUGAAGACAGAAAUAAUAGACAAUGUGACCGUGACCACGAAGCUUUGGUCUCUCUUCUGUCAAGGGCCAGAGCUCAACGCCAGCUGCCAUGAAUACUUCAACCUCAAUAACGUCACAGAGAUCCAGGGCAUUCCCGGCCUCACCAGCGGAGUCAUUUCAGAGAACAUGUGGGGAAGCUACGGCCCCGCUGGUAUGAUGGUGGAGAAAGCCCUGCCGGCGGUGCCGGCGACCGAUUCCUCUCAGGACCAGUACAUGCCGUAUGUAGUCAACGACAUCACCACCUUCUUCACGCUGCUGGUGGGAAUCUACUUCCCCUCGGUCACGGGAAUCAUGGCUGGAUCCAACCGAUCCGGGGAUCUGAGAGACGCUCAGAGGUCCAUUCCCAUCGGAACCAUCCUCGCCAUCGCAACCACCACCAUCAUCUAUCUGUCCUGCGUCGUGUUGUUUGGCGCCUGCAUUGACGGUGUGGUGCUCCGAGACAAGUUUGGGGACUCUGUGAAAGGGAACUUGGUGAUUGGCACGCUGUCCUGGCCCUCCCCCUGGGUGAUCGUGAUUGGCUCUUUCUUCUCCUGCUGUGGGGCGGGGCUUCAGAGUCUCACCGGCGCCCCCCGGCUGCUGCAGGCCAUUGCUCGAGACGGCAUAGUGCCCUUCCUCGAGGUGUUUGGUCACGGCAAAGCCAACGGAGAGCCGACGUGGGCUCUUCUUCUGACGGCUCUGAUCUGUGAGAGUGGGAUUCUCAUCGCUUCUCUUGACGCUGUGGCGCCCAUCCUGUCAAUGUUCUUUCUCAUGUGUUAUCUGUUCGUCAAUCUGGCCUGUGCCCUCCAGACGCUGCUGAGGACGCCCAACUGGAGACCGCGCUUCAAAUACUACCACUGGGCUCUUUCGUUUCUCGGGAUGAGUUUGUGUCUGGCUCUGAUGUUCAUAUCCUCCUGGUACUACGCUCUGGUGGCCAUGCUCAUCGCCGGAUGCAUCUACAAAUACAUCGAAUACCGCGGGGCCGAGAAGGAGUGGGGCGACGGGAUCCGCGGUCUGUCCCUCAAUGCGGCCCGCUUCGCUCUCAUUCGAUUGGAGGAGGCGCCGCCUCACACCAAAAACUGGAGACCUCAGCUGCUGGUGCUGCUCAAUCUGGACUCUGAGCUCUCAGUGAAACACCCUCGUCUUCUGUCCUUCACCACGCAGCUGAAAGCAGGCAAAGGUCUGACCAUCGUGGGUUCGGUGCUGGAGGGGACGUACCUCACCAGAGAGACUGAGGCCAAACGAGCAGAACAGAAUAUAAAAUCAGCCAUGGCGGCAGAGAAGACGAAGGGCUUCUGUCACGUUGUGGUGUCGUCGAACCUGCGCGACGGCAUCUCUCACCUCGUCCAGUCCGCCGGGCUCGGAGGAAUGAAGCAUAACUCUGUUCUGAUGGCUUGGCCCGGGAACUGGAGACAGUCCAACGACCCUCAAUCCUGGAAGAGCUUCAUAGAGACGGUCCGAGAGACGACUGCGGCCCAUCAGGCUCUGCUGGUGGCGAAAAACGUGGACAGUUUCCCUCAUCAGGAGCGUCUCAGUGAAGGAACCAUCGACGUGUGGUGGAUCGUCCAUGACGGCGGCUUGUUGAUGCUGCUGCCGUUUUUACUGCGACAGCACAAGGUGUGGAGGAAGUGUAAGAUGCGCAUUUUCACCGUGGCUCAGUUGGACGACAACAGCAUCCAGAUGAAGAAAGACCUGCAGAUGUUCCUCUAUCACCUCCGUCUGAACGCUGAGGUGGAGGUGGUGGAGAUGCAUGACAGUGACAUUUCAGCGUUCACCUACGAGAAGACCCUGGUGAUGGAGCAGCGCUCACAGAUGCUGAAGCAGAUGCAGCUGUCGAGGACGGAGCGCGAGCGAGAGAUUCAAAGCAUCACGGACGAAUCGCGUAGCUCCAUUCGGAGGAAGAACCAGAGCGGAGCCCACGGCUCAGGCGUCAAUAACCAGAACAGCCAACUAGAUGAGGAUAAACAAGAUGAGGCCCAGCUGAUCCACGACAGAAACACGGCGUCUCACGCGGCGCUGAACGACAAGGCCGACGCGACGCCGGAGCGAGUCCACAUGACCUGGACCAAAGAGAAGUUUUUCUCCGAACGCAACCGCAACCGAGAGCCCAACGCUAACGUGGCCGUGCGCGACCUUUUCAACAUGAAACCCGAAUGGGAGAGUCUGAACCAGUCGAACGUGCGCUGCAUGCACACAGCUGUCAAACUGAAUGAAGUGGUGGUCAACAAGUCUCAGGGGGCACAUCUGGUCCUGCUCAACAUGCCCGGACCGCCGAGGAACAGGGGCGGCGAUGAAAACUACAUGGAGUUUCUGGAGGUCAUGAUGGAGGGUCUCAACCGGGUCCUGUUGGUGCGCGGCGGAGGUCGAGAGGUCAUCACCAUAUACUCAUAAAGUGGACUGCGGCUGGACGCCCCACCGGCAGGAAUUCUGUUCAUUAUUUUUUCCCGGGCGUCAUGGAAAUCCUAGCAGAGGGUUUUGUGGCAGCAUCACGUCCGGCUGCGUGUUUAUUACGGGACAGUGACAUUCGUGACCCUCCUGAAGAGACUCAACGUGAAGCACCUAUGAAAGCGGCGAGACGAUACCGACACUUUAAUUUAUGACUGUUUUAUCGUUUUCUUUUAUUUGUUCGUACAAUGCUAGUUUUUAUGUGUUUAUCGUGCAACGUUCGGUCGAAGACUUUUCGAGGCGCGUACGAUCCGAUGGCUUCAGCUUUGCAAUGUUUGCGUGAAAGUAGGAGCAUUUUAUAAAGAUAAACGUGCUAAUGCCUGUUUAAUAUCCAUUCAUUCAUAAAGUCCAUCUGCACGUCUCCAUCGUCAGCCUGCAUUGCUUUUUUAUUUGCGUUUGCUAGCUAUGAUUCAGAUUGUCGCUUGAUACCCAAAAUAACAUCCUGCGCCGUUCGACUAAUCCAUAUCCACCUCUGAUAUCAAGGGAACGUUUGAGUUAGUUUUCUCGCGAUCGAUAGCGAUGCGGUGCGCAGAUGCUGAAUGUGUCCGAUGACGUUACUGACUUAAUGAUAUGAAAUGUGCAAUAAUUUAAAAUAUUUUUUACGAAGGCAUCACUGGCCGAACGUGACAUCCACUUACCAGGGUUUUGUGUUAUAAGAGUUGAAAUGUUUAAUGCGAACAGCGUUGGAGGAGAAAAGCCAUAACGUUUGACCGGCGCUGCUCUCGUUAUUGAGUACUGAGGUUUGGUUUUGGCUCCAUCUCGGCAUGAAUCACUGAAAUCUGUUUAAUCGGGAGGAUUUCAGCUGUAUUUGCACUUUUUUUAUUGUAUACGAUAAAAGCAAAAGGCACGGCUGACCCGUCCAGCACAACAUUUGCUGAUGAUCAGAACCAGCACUGCACAAUCUUUUUCUCUCAGCAAUAAACAUGUUUUCUCAUUAGCUGGAACGAAAUUUAGAGUAAACCGUCAAGUUAGCUACAGCAAUCUACUGUAUUAUCAAGUUCAACAUUUUUGAAGGUGAAGUGUGUUAUUUCUGCAGUCUGUUUGAGUGACACAAAUGAGCUGGAUGUUAGAGGUAGUUGGCUCAACCAAUGGAGUGACGGUGGGGGCGGGGCUACCAGUUUUUGACCAAUAGCAGAAGGGAGGAGUGUUUUUACAUUAGUCAUUAUUUUUAGAAAUGACACACUUCACCUUUACGAGGUUUAGGAAUGAUUGUGUUUAAAUCACAGAGCAGUUUUACCAACAUUUUAAAAAACAACUGCAAAAUACAAUACUAAUUUACACAGUAAAAUACAUUUUUCCAUUGGAACGGUAAUAUACUGUAAAAACAUUGCAUUCUGGGUAAUAUCAUUUGUCGUCUUCGAGAAAGUAGCUAUAGGCCUCUUUCCUCAAAAUGACAAAUAUUAACCAGAAUGCAUUGUUUUUAUGGUAUAUUACUGUUUCGAUGGAAAACGGUAUUUGUUUUGUUUUUUUACAGUCAUUUGCAAUGUUUUAUUUUUGCUGUUUUUGUUCUUACACACCGUGUCCUGACUAGACAUGAUGCACCUCAUUGGUCCAAAAUCACUGCAUAUUAAACAGCUAAUGCGUUCUGAUUGGCUGUGAUUUUGUUGAACUUUGUUGGUUCAGACACGGUGUCACAUGUUACACAUGCACUACUGUUCAAACGUUUGGGGUUAAGAUGAUCAUUUUUAAAAGAAUGAUGCAAAGAUGCAUUAAAUUGAUCAAAAGUGACAGUAAAGACAUUUAUAAUGUUACAAAAGAUUUCUAUGUCUAAUAAAUGCAGUUAUUAUUAAUCAUAAAUCUUUCUUGAGCAGCAAAUCAUUAUUUCUGAAGGAUCAUGUGACACUGAAGACUGGAGUAGUGAUGCUGAAAAUUCAGCUUUGAUCACAGAAAUAAAUUACACUUUACUAUAUAUUCACAUAGAAAACAUCUGUUUUACAUUGUAAAAAUAUUUCACUAUUUUUACUGUAUUUUUGAUCAAAUAAUGCAGCCUUGGUGAGCAGAAGAGGCUUUAAAAACAUACCAAACCUUUGAACGCUGGUGCAGAUUGUGUGAUUCUGAUGAUUCACAGUCAGAGGAAGAUGUGUGCCAAAAAUACCCGCUAAGAAACCGCGUCGGGUCAAACACUGUGGGCUGAAGCUCAUUCAGCCGGUUUGUGUCCAUCAUGAUGAUCAGCAGCAGCGUCGUCAGGGUUUGAGGGUCCAUCUCAGUGUUCAUAUCCUGACAGUUUCUUUCAGACCCCUGUUAGCGGUGCAGUGUUUUGUUACCAGAACAUUAUUACUGUAUUUUUCUACAGUGUGUUGUGACAUAGAUCAUUUUCUCUUGUGUUAUCUGAGGACGUAGUUUCUGCACUGCUCAGCUGUGGUGAAUGUGUUUCCCUUUAGGAGGAAUUGUGAAAUUUAGGAUGGGAAUAUUGUGUAAAAUUGCUUUUUAAAUUGUUUAUUUUAUGUGGUCAUUUCUUUUACUCAUUCAACAUGCCAUCAUUUUUCAUCUGACUUCUGUGUAAACUGGAUUUUCUUUUCAUCAAAAGGACCUGGAGGUUAUUGAACGGAUUCAUACAAAUGUACAGUUACAGAUUUUCUUUUCUUUGUCCUUUAAGACACCAAAGAUACACUAAGGUUUUCAUCUGUGAUGAGGUAUGAAUAACCUCUCUGAAAGAUGUGUUGAUCAAAAUACCAGAAUAAAACAGCAGCUGAAGAGCA